CCAUACCUACUGAGAAGUUUGCAGUGAGGAAAUCACGAAGAUACAACGCCAGAAACCCUGUCAAACUGGUGGUCCCAGCACUGGAGAUGAUGUACGUAUGGAAUGGUUUCACCAUUGUAGGGAAGAGAGCAGACACCACAGAGAGUCUCCUCAUCACCAUAGAGAAGACAGAGGAGGAGCUACGCAACGACCCCAGUCCGUCAGAGUACCAUCCUGAUGACCAGUGUCUGGUUCAGAUGUUAAAAGGCCUCUGUCUUAAACACCUGGGAAGACUACUGCAGGCCGAGCUCUGCUUCACACAGGUUCUGUCCAGUGAGCGGAGAAUCAGAUUUGACCACUACCUGAUCCCCUUCACCCUGUAUGAGUUGGGUCUACUCUACAAACAACAGGGGGACUUCAUCAAGGCCACACGAUACAUAGAGAACGCCAAGUUGAACUACAAGGACUACUCCAUGGAGUCCAGGCUUCACUUCCGGAUCCACGCAGCUCUCAACAGUCUCAAGGGAUCGCCUGUCAGCACACCAUAACUACAGCCCAACUACAGCCCAACUACAAUCAGACUACAACCGAUUUUUACACCAUAACUACAGCCCAACUACAAUCGAUUUUACACCAUAACUACAGCCCAACUACAAUCGAUUUUACACCAUAACUACAGCCCAACUACAAUCGAUUUUACACCAUAACUACAGCCCAACUACAAUCGAUUUUACAGAACAGAUUUUACAGAUUUUUUACAGAA